GUCCGUCACUUCCUCCCCACGUGAACUGCAGUAACUCGCUGUACAUGUGAGGAGCUGUACAUCCACAGCAGGUUUCUUCACGUUUAACGGCCGUUUAUUCACAUAUAAUCAUCUUAUGAUUAUCGAUAACAGCACUAUGGAGUCAGCAGAGGAGGAGGAGCUGCUCGGACAAGACUCCGAGGAGGAGAACAAUGAAUUAUCAGACGAUGAGCUCCAAGAAGCCUUCGCAAAAGGGUUGUUGAAACCUGGGAUGAACGUAUUGGUGGAUAAAUCCAAAAAAUUUGUCAACAAUGUGGAGGGUUUAAAACAGUGCCUUGCAGACUUCCGUAAAGACCUUCCCUGGGUGGAGAGGUUGGAUAUGACUAACCUGCCGGUGGAGGACGUUUUAUCCAAAGCUGAAGGGAAAGUUCCAAGCAUGAAAAAUGGAGAUGUCAAUGCAGAUGAUGAUUUCCAGAGAGAGAUGUUCUUCUAUCGUCAAGCCCAAGCUACAGUUCUCGAGGCAUUGCCUCUCCUGAGCAAGCAUGGGAUAGCCACCAAGAGGCCGGACGAUUACUUUGCAGAGAUGGCCAAGUCCGAUCAGCAGAUGCAGAAGAUCAGGAAAAAACUGAUCUCAAAGCAGAUGAUACUGGAGAAGUCGGAGAAGGCCAAGAAACUGCGCGAGCAAAGGAAGUUUGGCAAAAAGGUCCAAGUAGAAGUGAUUCAGAAGAGGCAGAAAGAGAAGAAAGCCAUGAUGACUGCUGUAAAGAAAUACCAGAAAGGAAUGACCGACAAACUGGAUUUCUUGGAAGGAGACCAGAAAAAGGGUAAAGACUCUUCUCAGGGUCCCAACAAAGCGAUGAACAAGAAAGGUCCCAAUGCCAAGCGAAAAUACAAGGACCAGAAAUUUGGCUUCGGGGGCAAGAAGAGUGGGAAGAAGUGGAACACCAAGGAGAGCUUCAACGAUGUUUCCAGUUUCCGCGCCAAAGUGGCUCACGCAAAGGGCGGCAAGGGAGGGAAGAAGGGCGGCAAAGGAGGGAAACAAAAUAAACGCCCGGGCAAGUCUGUUCGCAAGAAGAUGAAGUCCCGCUCGUAAAAACUGACUGAGGCUGGUCGAUAGGCUGGACUUGGACUUUGUUUCUCUGCACCUGCUCCCCAGUCUCUCCUCCAUUUACACCAGGAGACAUUUAGGAGAACAUGGGCUUUUCUUGUUCACUUUUCUACAACAUGCCUUCAGUAAGAUGCGUCCGGAUCAAUAUGGAGGAACCUUCAAGCUACAGAGAGCGAGAGACGUCCUGCUGUAUCGCUAAGGAAGCUAUUUGAAGGACAUGACUGGUGAAGAAAGGGUCUUUUUGCAGAAAUGGUGAACCCAGGAGUGGACAAAAACAGAAUCUGAAUGUUAAGAAAAUGUCUCUUCUUCUUUAUCAGUUUUAUCACGUGUGGACAUUACUGACUCUGUACGUCUGUAAAACCUCCGUCUGUGAUUACACCCCGACGUCUACAC